AUGUUUUCUUUUGGUAUAUUAAAAAAAUCGAAUAAAGAGGAGGAGGAGGAAAAUCAGGAUAAAAAUGAAGAAGAAACUAAAGACAUAGAAACUGAAAAAAAUGAUAACAAUGGGGAAGGAUCAUCUAAUGAUCAAGUAAAACCAGAAAAUGAUAAUGUAGAAAAUGAAGAGAAGACUACUGAUACUAAAGCACCAAAUAAGAGAGUCAGAAAACAGACUAGACGAGGUAGAAAGAGUGCUAAAGAGGAGGAGAAAAAAGAAAAUGAAGAGAACCAAGAAGAGAAAAUCGAAAUUGAAGAGAAAAAAGAAGUUGAGGAAAAAAAAGGAAGACGAGGAAGAAAAGAAGCUGUAACGAAAAGAGGCAAAAAAGGACAGGAAGUUGACAAUGAAGAAAAGGACGAAGAAACAAAGAAAGACAUUGAUAUAAAAAAGGAAGAAAAAACUGAAGUAGCAGAAAAGGAUAAGACAGAAAAUGAUAAAUUAGAAAAUGAUUUAACAAAAGAAAUUAAAAUGGCUGAAGAGUUAAAAGAUAAAGAUGCCAAAGCAAGUGCAUUAACACUUGAAAUAUUAGGGGAUAUUCCAAAUGCCGAUUUAAAACCACCAGAAAAUAUAUUGUUUGUUUGUAAAUUAAAUCCUAUAACUGAAGAAGAAGAUUUAAAAACAAUAUUUUUAAGAUUUGGUCCUAUAAUUUCAUGUAAUAUUGUAAAGGAUAAAGUAACAAAUAAUUCGCUUCAAUAUGCAUUCAUCGAAUUUGAAAAAAAAGAAGAUUGUUUAAAUGCUUACUUUGAAAUGGAUAAUGUUGUUAUAGAUGACAGACGCAUACAUGUUGAUUUUUGUCAGUCCUUAUCAAAAUAUAAAUCAGAUAUGUCUAAAUGGAAAAUGGACAAUACGGAUUUAUUUGAUCGUAUUAAAAAUACAAAUUUUAGUGAUCCAAAUCUUAAAGGAAAUAAAAACGAUGAAGAUGAUAGUAUAAGAGUAUUUAAAUAUGAAAGUGAUAAUAACAAAUCAAAUAAAGAUGAAAAAGAGAGAAAAGAAAAUGAUGACGAUAAACGCAAUAGAAGUAUUAGUAAAUAUGAUUAUAAUAAAAAAAGAAAUAUUGGCUAUACAAGAUAUAAUAAUGAUAAAUAUUAUAAUGGUCCAUACCCAUAUAGAAGAAAUUCCUUUAAAUAUAGAUAUAAUAAUAACUAUAAAAUGGGAAGUGGUGGACCUAGUAAAAACUAUUAUUAUAGAAAAAAUUUUAAUAAUUAUCAUGAUCGAAAUGAUUAUUAUUAUAAUAAACAUUCUGGAAGAAACAAUAGUAUAAUAAAUAAAAAAUAUUAUGGAUAUAAAAAUAAUGGUCAUGAAAAUGAUGGCGAUACGAAAUAUAAUAAAUAUAGAAAAGAAGCUCGAAGUCAUUCUUCAUAUAAUUCUCAACAUAAAAAUAAAAAUGAAACUUUAGAUAAGAAUAAAAAAGAAUAUUCACAAGACCGUGAUGAUAAUAAUGAUGAUCCAAAUUAUGAAUAUUCUAAGCAAAGCAAAAAAGGAAAGGAAAAAGAUGAUGGUCACAAUGACUCAGAAAGUGUAGGGGGUGAUCAAAAAAAAUAUUAUGAUAAUAAAAAUAAAGACCAUGAUGAUUAUAAUCAAAAAACAAAUAAAUUUAAAAGCAAUAGGAAUAGUGAAAGAAAUAAUUCCGAAUAUGGUAACCGAAAAAAUUAUGAUGACUAUAAAAAAAUGAAUGACGAUAAAUAUUAUUAUGAUAAAAAAAGAAAAUAUAAUGAUGAAUAUUAUAGGAAUAAUGACAAUUAUAGAAAGGACUAUUACAAGGAUAAAAAUCCAUACGAAAAAAGACAAAAAAUGUACGAUGGAAAUAAGUAUGGUGAUAAAUACGACAAAAAAAAUUAUGAUAAUGAUAAUAAAUAUCGUAACGAAGAUUACAAGAAUAGAGAAAAUGGAUAUGACAAAUACAGGGACGAUAAAUAUAAGGAUGAUAAGUAUAGGGAUGACAGAUACAAAGAUGAUAAAUAUAGAAAUGAUAAAUAUAGAGAUGAUAAAUAUAGAGAUGAUAAAUAUAGGGAUGAUAAAUACAAAGAUGAUAGAUACAAAGAUGAUAGGUACAAAGAUGAUAGAUACAAAGAUGAUAGAUACAAAGAUGAUAGAUACAAAGAUGAUAGAAACAGAGAUGAUAGAAACAGAGAUGAUAAAUAUAGGGAUAAUAGAUAUAAAGAUGACAGAAAUAAGACCGAUAAAUAUAAAAACAACGAUAAGUAUAACGAUAAAUAUGAUUCAUAUGAAAAAAAUGACGAUGAUUAUAACAAAAAGUAUAAUAAAAGCAACAAAUUAGAUAAUAAUACGUCAAAUUAUAGAGAUGAUAAAAAAUAUAACUAUAAAGACAAAAAAUACUAUGAUGAGAAAAAUACGAAAUCUUAUUAUGACAAUAAAGAUACAAAAGCAAAAUAUAAAGAUUCAAACAAAACUAAAGGAAGAUUUAAUUCCGUUGAUAGUGCCAAUAGUUCCAAUGAUAGAUAUGUAUCAAAAAAUAAAAAAGAAAAAACAAACGAUAAAUAUUCUUCAAAAGACAAAAAAAUUGAUAAAAAACGAAAUGAUGAUUAUUAUAAUAAAUCAAUGUCAAAAAAUUCGUAUGAUGCCAAAACGAAUUCAGUCAAUUCAUCUUAUUAA